GUUUCUUCUUUGAAUGAAAAAAAAAGUUGAAAGAAACAAAAAGAUAAGGUUAAAAGUUUAAAACCCUUUAUGAAAUAGAUAGGGUAGGAGAAUGCUAGUAAAAUGAUGAUGAAAAUGCACUUGUCUAGCUAGCGUGGAUUGUUGGAAUUAAAAAUAUUCCUGGGGCAGGGUGGAAAUUAUUCAAACACUUGACGGGCUUCAACCGUUAUAAUAAAAAAAAAACACACAAAUUGAUUUUUGACAUUUUGGGGUGUUGGAACUUUUCAUUUUUUUCCCGUGUAAUUAUAUAAUCCCUUCAUUCCUUGGCAGUCCCUCCACGAAACUCCUCUUCCACCUCCCUGGCUAAUAAUUACUUAGCUAUGGCUCUCACUCUGUUUUUCUUGGGUGCCCUUGUUGCAAUGGCCUCAAAUGUCAGUUGCGAUUCCUCUGAAGAAGGGUGGGCCGACGCCAAAGCCACCUUCUACGGCGGAAGUGACGCCUCCGGGACAAUGGGAGGGGCUUGUGGUUAUGGGAAUUUGUUCAGCCAAGGGUAUGGCACAAGGACCGCAGCCCUGAGUACACCUCUGUUCAACAAUGGCCUGGCCUGUGGGUCUUGCUAUCAGAUUAAGUGCGAGGACAGCCAAUUUUGCCGGGGAGGCUCUAUUGUCGUGACCGCCACUAACUUUUGCCCUCCCGGCGGGUUGUGCGACCCCCCCAACGUCCACUUCGACCUCUCUCAGCCUGGCUUCAUGAGCAUUGCCCAAUACAGAGCCGGGGUCGUCCCCGUCUCUUACAAAAGGGUGGCCUGUCAGAGGAGCGGCGGAAUAAGGUUCACCAUCAACGGACACUCAUACUACAACUUGGUGUUGGUCACCAACGUGGGCGGCGCCGGAGACGUGCACGCGGUGGCUGUGAAGGGUUCAAGAACCGGGUGGCAGGCCAUGUCGAGGAACUGGGGGCAAAACUGGCAAAGCAACUCGUACCUCAACGGACAAGCCUUGUCGUUCAUGGUGACCACCAGCGACGGCCGCACUGUGGUGUCUAACGACGUCGCCCCGGAGGGCUGGUCAUUUGGUCAAACCUACUCCGGCAGCCAGUUCUAAUGACACUUUAUAUAAAAUAAAAUUGUACGAGCGAGUAGUAACUUAAUGGUGGUGUUUGUUACGUUGUAGGGUCAAAAUGGGAAGGCUCGGUUUGAGAAAGCCUUCGCCAUUAAGGUUAAGGCUUGUUUGGAUGCCCUGAUUUAUUAUGAAGGUGUUCCGAUCAAAUCCUUCUCCCCCAACUCCUCCUUUCUUGCUUGUUUUUAUCUCGUGAAAUGGGCACCGUAUACACUCUCAAUAACUUAACUUCUUUUACUAAAUAAAUGCAGACCUAUUUA